UCCUGGUUUUGCAUUUCUACCUCUUCUGAUGUUCGUCGAUGGUCACUAACUUAGUUGUUUAUUAGUUUGAGUCACCCUUGGCGUAGCCAUUUGACAUUCUGUGCACGUUCUAUAAAUUCUACCAUGAGGGCGUUGCUUCUUUGAUUGGUUUUGCUGUCUCUUGAUGUUUGGGGAAAUGGGUUCUGCUCUAGUUGGCGAACUCUUUGCGUAUAUCUUCAUUCCGGUGAUUGCGGUUAUCGGAAUUGUGUUUGCUCUGUACCAAUGGUUUCUGGUGUCCCGAAUCAGGCUUUCUCUGGACCGCCAACCAUCGGAAGGAGGGAUUGCAGAGGCGUUGUUGGGACACGAAGAGGAAGAGGGUGUCGAUGCCAGCGUGGUCGUGACUAAGUGCUGUGAGAUUCAGAAUGCCAUUUCCAUAGGAGCAACGUCCUUCUUGUUCACCCAAUACAAGUAUCUUGGUGUUUUCAUGGUUGUUUUUGGCGCAAUUAUAUUCUUGUUCCUCGGUUCAGUGAAAGGCUUUAGCACACAGCCAGAACCGUGUGCCUAUGAUGAACAGAAGCUGUGCAAACCUGCACUUGCAAAUGCUGUAUUCAGCACCAUUGCGUUCCUUCUCGGGGCCUUAACCUCUGUAUUUUCUGGUUUUCUUGGCAUGAAGAUUGCAACAUAUGCAAAUGCAAGGACUACACUAGAAGCAAGAAAGGGGGUUAACAGAGCUUUUGUUGUGGCCUUCAGGUCUGGUUCUGUCAUGGGUUUCCUGCUUGCUGCCAAUGGACUAUUGGUACUCUUUGUUGCAAUUUAUCUGUUUAAAUUGUACUACGGGGAUGACUGGGAGGGCCUUUAUGAAGCAAUUACUGGCUAUGGCCUUGGUGGUUCUUCAAUGGCCCUAUUUGGUAGAGUAGGUGGUGGGAUAUAUACUAAAGCUGCAGAUGUUGGUGCUGACCUUGUUGGCAAGGUGGAGAAAAAUAUUCCUGAAGAUGAUCCACGUAACCCAGCUGUUAUUGCAGAUAAUGUUGGUGACAAUGUUGGAGAUAUCGCAGGGAUGGGUUCAGAUCUGUUUGGCUCUUAUGCGGAAUCGUCUUGUGCUGCCCUUUUUGUUGCCUCAAUAUCAUCAUUUGGUGUUGACCAUGACUUCACUGCUAUGUCCUUUCCAUUGCUUGUCAGUUCUAUGGGUAUCCUGGUUUGCAUGAUCACCACAUUGCUUACCACACAGUUAUUUGAGAUAAAAACUGAAAAAGAAAUUGAACCUAUGUUGAAGCGUCAGCUUAUUAUAUCCACUGUGCUGAUGACUAUUGGCAUUGCCAUAGUUUGCCUUAUUGCUCUGCCAUCAACUUUUGAAUUAUUUGAUCUUGGUGCCAAAAAGACUGUGAAGAACUGGCAUCUGUUCUUUGCUGUUUCCAUUGGAUUAUGGAUGGGCUUAAUUAUCGGGUACAUAACAGAGUACUUCACAAGCAAUGCUUACAGGCCUGUCCGUGAUGUGGCUGAUUCAUGCCGAACAGGAGCAGCAACAAAUGUAAUUUUUGGGCUGGCUCUUGGUUACAAAUCAGUAAUCAUUCCAAUUUUUGCAAUUGCAGUUGCAAUUUAUGUUAGUUUCACUUUGGCUGCAAUGUAUGGAGUUGCCAUGGCUGCUCUAGGGAUGCUCAGCACAAUUGCUAUUGGGCUCACAAUCGAUGCAUAUGGUCCAAUAAGUGACAAUGCUGGUGGGAUAGCAGAAAUGGCUGGAAUGAGCCGAGAAAUCCGCCGUCGUACUGAUGCACUUGAUGCAGCUGGUAAUACAACUGCUGCCAUUGGGAAGGGUUUUGCUAUUGGAUCAGCUGCCCUUGUAUCCCUUGCUCUAUUUGGAGCUUUUGUGAGCCGAGCUAGCCUGAAAACAGUUGAUCUGCUGUCUGCUAAGGUUUUCAUUGGUUUAAUUGUGGGUGCUAUGCUUCCUUACUGGUUCUCAUCCAUGACGAUGAAGAGUGUUGGGAGUGCUGCUUUAAAAAUGGUUGAAGAAGUUCGCCGACAAUUUAACACCACUCCAGGACUAAUGGAAGGCCAUGUAAAGCCUGAUUAUGCGAACUGUGUGAGAAUUUCCACUGAUGCUUCACUUAGAGAAAUGAUACCACCAGGUGCACUGGUUUUGCUAUCACCAUUGAUUGCUGGCACUUUCUUUGGAGUUGAAACUCUGUCGGGCCUUUUGGCUGGUGCCCUUGUUUCUGGUGUGCAGGUUGCAAUAUCAGCUUCUAACACAGGCGGUGCCUGGGAUAAUGCCAAGAAAUAUAUAGAGGCUGGUUCAACUGAUCAUGCUAGAGCUUUGGGCCCAAAGGGGUCUGACGCACACAAAGCAGCAGUGAUUGGUGACACGGUUGGUGAUCCACUCAAGGAUACUUCUGGUCCUUCUCUAAACAUCUUGAUCAAGCUCAUGGCAGUUGAAUCAUUGGUGUUUGCACCAUUCUUUGCUGCACAUGGAGGAUUGCUCUUUAAAUAUCUUUAGAUUUUGUCUCUGCACCUUUUUGUUGUGCCCAAUAAGAGUCCUGUGUUUGUAAUUUUUUUUUGGUUGGGUAGAAGAAGAGUGAUUUUUUUGUCGUUUGUGUUGGUUAGAAGGCCUGCAUUAUCAUUGUCCUUAGAGUCCUGUACCUUUUAAUGUAUCUACUGAUAAAAAAGUAACGGAGUUAUGCGGCAUUGCCAUGUGUUGAUAAGUGCAAGUGUUCUUCCAUUUGAGAAACAUUGUAUU